AUGGCUGCCAUCACUGUCACCAUUGAUCAAUUGAAGACUGCUUUCCCUGGCAAGGUGGUAACCGCGGAUGCCGGAUCUGAGUUCGAAGCUGCAGCGACGCGCCCCUGGUCUCAAACUUGUUGGACCCCAGCAGCCGGAUACGUCUAUCUAAGCAAUACCCAAGAGCUUUCCGAGGCUUUGGCUAUCGUGAAAAGAACAGGAACCAAAUUCGCCAUCCGCACUACUGGACACAACCCUAACGCUGGCUUCAGUAGCGCAGACCAGACAGCUGUUGUUUUUGACAUUUGUCAGUUUCAAUCGAAGGAGCUGACCUCGAAUGGAGAUGCCAUUGCUCGAGUUGGCUCAGGAAAUACAUGGGGGGAGGUGUAUGCCUGGCUGGAAGAGCAGAAAUUGUCGGCGAUUGGAGGCCGAGAUCACCAAGUUGGGCUAGGAGGAUUUCUCUUGGGAGGUGGCUUGGGUGCGUUGCCUAACCUCCAUGGCCUUGGAGCGGAUGGUGUUAAGAACUUUGAAGUUCUUUUGGCCGAUGGAAGUAUCGUGAACGCAAAUUCAGGGGAGAAUCCGGAUCUUUGGCGCGCCCUUAAGGGCGGCGGAUCUAACUUUGGAAUUGUGACAAGAUUCGACCUGGAAACCCACCCUCUCAUCAACGUCCAAUACACGAUCAACCUUUACAACCCGGAAGAUUACGUGGAAAUAAUCAAUGCAACAAUUGCUGUACAGGAGAGCAUGGAAAGAGACUCCAAGAUUGGCCUAUUCACCAACUUUAACGAUGGGUUCGUUGCUGUGGGGUUAAUCUAUGGAGAUACCUCUACUGAGCGACCUGCGGUAUUUGAGCCUUUUUACAACCUAAAGAGCCUUAUAAAUACGGCUCUCCCUUCCACGAACGGCACUCUUCUAUCUCUAGCCCAGGCCAUGGGCCAUGCACAAGAGUCUAAAAAGCGAGCCAUUUGCACGGUAACCACCAAAGUCUCCCAGAAGCUGUACGAACAAGUUUAUGAGACUUGGUCCGAGACUUGCAAGAGUCUCCCAGCCGACUGCGUUCUACAUUUUACCAUUCAGCCAGUGGGAACGGCUGGCAUACAAGAAGGCAAAGCUCGCGGAGAAAACAUUAUGGGACACGAAAGCGUCGCACAAUGCUGGUGGGUUUUUACUUGUGAGUGGCCUCAGGAAGGUAGCAACGCCGGUGAUGCUGCUGCGAAUCAUGCGGUUGCCACGAUGGCUGAAAGUGUAAAACUUUUGGCCAAUGAGAAGGGGCUCUUGCUUGAUUUCCUUUGUAUGAGCUUCGCCACAGCUUCUCAGAACGUCCUAGGCAGCUACGGUUCGAAUAAUGCGAAGAUGAUGCAGGAUACUGCGUCGAAGUACGACCCUGAAGGUGUUCUUCAAAAGCUCCAGUACGGAGGUUUCCUCUUGAAGGAUAGUAUUAGAACAGGAUAG